AUGACGGGACAGUAUAAUUUGUUUUUGAGUAAACGCUUAGUAACAGAGGAAAAGAUUUUCGAUGGUGGGGUUUUGGUUAACGAGUUCGGAAAGAUUGAAGAUGUAUUUGACCGAUACGAUGCUGAUAAUUUGAUAGCCGAGAGCAAGGAUAAAAUUAAUGUCAUAGAUGGUGGAGACUGUCCUCUUCUGGCAGGUGUGGUGGACUCUCAUGUCCACGUCAACGAGCCCGGCCGCACCGCCUGGGAGGGAUUCCGUACAGCGACCAGUGCUGCUGCUGCUGGCGGCAUUACCACCAUUGUCGAUAUGCCGCUGAACUCCAUCCCUCCGACAACAACCUUGGAGAAUCUUAGAAUAAAAGCAAAUUCUGCGAAGGAAAACGUAUACGUAGAUGUUGGAUUUUGGGGUGGCGUGAUAGUUGGGAAUCAGGAUUCUCUUCGAGAUUUAGUAAAAGCUGGAGUGGUGGGUUUCAAAUGUUUUCUUUGUCCCAGUGGCGUUGAAGAGUUUCCUAAUGUAGGAAUCGAAGAUUUAAAUUUAGCAUUUGAUGCCCUUGAAGGAACCGGAUCGGUUUUGGCUUUUCACGCUGAGGUUGAAGAGGAGACAACUAGCGGAAAAUGUAUGAAAUUAGCGUUCGAGUUCAUGUUGUUCACGUGUCAUCAGCGAAUGUGGUGCCGCUGUUUGGUGAAGGCUCGUGAGGCUCGUCUUGCCAAAGGCCAUGACGCCUGGCGUGGCGGAGUUACCGCUGAGACAUGCCACCACUAUUUAACGCUGAGCGCAGAUGAAGUGCCACGAGGACACAGCGAAUACAAAUGUGCUCCUCCAAUUCGAGAUGCCGAUAAUAAGGAAAAAUUAUGGAAGUUUUUACUAGAAGAUAAAUUGGAUAUGGUUGUAUCAGAUCACUCGCCCUGUACUCCAGAACUAAAAUGUAGCGAUAACUUAAAAGCUUGGGGUGGAAUAUCUUCGGUCCAGUUUGGUUUGUCAUUAUUUUGGACUCAAGCUAGUGCUCGUGGAUUAGAUUUAAGAUCAAUAACCAAAUAUCUAAGUUCUGGUCCAGCCCACCUUUGUGGGUUGCAAAAUCGUAAAGGAGCACUUAAAAAAGGAUUGGAUGCUGACCUUAUUUUCUUCGAUGGUGACGCAGAUUUCAUUGUAACCAAAGAUAUCAUACGCCAUAAAAAUAAGGCUAUUCAGAGUGCUGGGAGCGACUCCUCAGCCCCGCAGGCGUCACCUAAUGCCGAGGAAGCCCCCAAACCAUCCAAAGGCAUUAAUCCUAGGCUUAAGAGGACUGUGAAAAAGUUAACGUAA